UUCCUUGAUAUCAAUAUUAUGAUAUAUUCAUACAAGCAUUCCCAGAAUUCCCAAACAGGAAAUGGCGAUGGAAAAUUAUGGAGAAGCAAACAAAUUGAAUUUCUUCAGAUUUUUGUGUGUUUUUUGGAUUUUCCAGAUUCUCUUUGGGGAAUAAUGUGAAUGGGAUUGAGUGAAAAUUCUCUUUCUCUCCCUGGAACUAAACAAAUAUAAAAGGGAUCGUGGAGUGUGUGACUCAGCGACCCAAAUCCGCCUCUUUGAUGUGUGUGUGUCGGAAAGGAGUCACACACACUGUCCGGGAGUACACACACACACACACACACAAACACACACACCAGGAUACACACCUGAGGCGGAAUCUGCGCCAGACACACACACACCUGGUUGGAGGAUAGGUGUGACACAGACAGAAAAGGUCUGUGGAUAAUUCUCUAUAUUACCAUGCCAGACCCCCCACCCCACCACCCCACCCGAAGACGACACCCAUCGCCCCACACACACCAACACCCACAGAGAAGGGCAGAACAUUCCAUCCUCUCCUCCGUCCAUCCCUCCAUCACUACUUCAAUCACACAUCAGAAUGACAGUGAAAGACUUCCCCAAUCCCUUCCUCGAUCAUUCUCCUCACAUCUCAUUCUGUGUCCCCCGGAAACCCCUCCCAACCCUACCCUUCCCUCGCAUCUCAUUCGCUGUGUCUGCCCCACCCCUGGCCCAUCUCCUGCUUUUCCGGCCCUCCAUUGGCUGACACUGGUCACAUGCUGCUGCCUGUUGCCCUCUCUGAUUGGUGCAGGGGAGAUGUGGGACGUGGUUGCGGUGUGUCCAUUCCACUGCGUCUGUCGGAACCUGUCAGACUCUCUGAGCACGCUCUGUGCAGAUAAAGGCCUCCUAUUCGUUCCACCGAAUGUCGAUCGGCGAACUGUCGAGCUCCGAUUGGCUGAUAACUACAUCACGGAAGUAGGCGGGUCGGACUUUGCCAACAUGACCGGACUGGUUGAUUUGACUCUGUCCCGGAACACUAUCCACUCCAUCCGACCAAUGGCGUUCUCCGAUCUAGAGAGUUUGCGAAGUUUGCAUUUGGACGGUAACCGCUUGACAACGCUGGGGCCGAGAGACCUUGUGGGAAUGGUUAAUCUACAGCACCUCAUCGUCAACGGUAACCAGCUGACGAGGGUGUCGGCGGAGGCAUUCAAUGACUUCCUGCUGACGCUGGAGGACCUGGACAUCUCAUACAACAACCUCCGAAGGGUCCCAUGGGAGUCGAUCCAGAACAUGGCCAGUCUCCACACUCUGAACCUGGAUCAUAACCUGAUAGACCACAUCGCAGAGGGAUCCUUUGGAGAACUAUACAAGCUGGCUCGCCUGGACAUGACCUCCAAUAGGCUGAGGACCCUGCCACCUGAUCCCCUGUUUGCAAGGUCUCAGACGGGAGCCAUCAGUCCCACUCCCUACAACAGCGUCAUCAGUCUGAACUUCGGAGGGAACCCGCUACACUGUAACUGUGAGUUGCUAUGGUUACGGCGACUGGUCCGAGAGGACGAUAUGGAGACCUGCGCCACACCCCCUCAACUGGCCGGCAGGUAUUUCUGGUCCAUCCCCGAGGAGGAGUUUACCUGUGAGCCGCCACUCAUCACCAGACACAGCCACAAGCUCUGGGUCCUGGAAGGUCAAAGGGCAACCCUGAAAUGCAGAGCCAUCGGCGACCCCGAACCUGUCAUCCAUUUUGUCUCACCCGGCGAUCGGAUUGUGGCGAAUUCCAGCCGCACGACAUCGUACCGGAAUGGAACAUUGGAUCUCUUAGUUACGGUUGCUAGGGAUGACGGAGCGUACACGUGCAUAGCGAUAAACGCAGCGGGGGAGGCUACCGCGACGGUGGAUCUAAAGAUCGUUCCAUUGCCGCAUCGGAAUGGGAAUGUGAACGUUCCGGGGAAUGUGACAGUUACCGGGAACACUGGGAAUUCUAAUGGGAAUAUUCCGGGUUCUUCAGACAUCACCACCGGGAAAAGCGGGAAUUCCGGAGUAAGCGGUGGAAAUGGAGGGAAUGUGAAAGAAACGGAGGAGAGGAAAGGAGAGGAGGGAGAAGGGGGUGAGGAGGAGGACGGAGGGACUAGGAUGGAGGAAGGAGAGAGGAUUGUAGGGAUACAAGGAGUCACUUCUACCUCAGCCCAGGUGAGAUGGGACCUCGGCCGAUCGGCAGGAGCUUACCUGGUGUGGAUGUUUCAGAUACAGUACAACUGCACAGCCGACGAGACACUGGUGUACAGGAUCCUCCCUUCUACCAGUAACAGUUUCAUGUUGAAGAACCUGGUCUCUGGAGCGGACUACAACCUGUGUGUCCUGGCCAUCUUUGAUGACACCGUCACCUCACUGGCCGCAACCAAGGUUCUUGGCUGCGCCCAGUUCAGCACUAAAGAACUCUACCCAGAAUGCAAAUCUCUACAGGCCCACUUCCUGGGUGGAACCCUGACAAUCCUGGUCGGAGGCAUUAUAGUGGUAACACUGCUGGUGUUCACCGUGGCGCUGAUGGUGCGUCACCGUGUAUGCAGUAACCACGGUGACCAAUGUCACCACGGGGAUGAUGGUGUCGAGCCGGCAUGUUGCCAGGGCGGGUCAUUAGGGAGUCCGGUGAAAGGGGCGGCGGCCGGAGGUGGCGGAGGAGUCUACAGCCAAUCGAAUGGCAAUGGGGAUGUGAUGAUGGUGGUCUUGCCCAAUGGGCUGCCUUCGAAGCAGCGAGGGGGCGGGGAGAAGAAGAGAGAAAAGGAGAAAGGAGGGGCUGACGUACCUCCUAAAUUACCCCCCAAACCAAAACCUAAAGCCCAAACUCUGCCCAGGCCUAUAGUAACCUGGGAGGGCAGGGGAGAGAAGGGGGGAGGACAGGGUGAGAGACAACUUCCUCCCUACACCCCCGAAGCAGAACAGGUCUCUGUCUACUAUGCUCCUGUCGUAAGCUCCUCCCCCUCCACCCUCCCCCGCCAAUCACGAGGAGGAACAGGGACGGGGAGGGCUAGGCUCCGCCCAGAUGUAGUAGUAGUAGGCGGGCCCAAACGGGCAAGCUUCGCCCUGGACAUACCCUUGGGACAGGAUCUCCUCUCUGAUUGGAGGAUGAGACAUGGUGUCAUAGUGGGCGGGGUCGAAGACAAAUGGAAUUCCUCCCAAGCCUAUCAGAGCCCGGGAGCUCCCCUAAGCCCCUCCCAUGGCUCAGUGUGCGCCAAACGUAGCAACUCCCUUGACAUGGGUUCUUCUUCUUCUUCUGUUUCCAUUGCCACGACGACAACGGUUGCCCAGCGACAGUACAGCAGUCGCCGCGGUUACGCCAAGCGGCUGUCAGUCACCUGGACAAGGCGAAGUAAAUCGCUGCAUGGAAUGUUGGUACACUGCGCCUCGGCAACCAGCACCACUUCCUCGACGACCAGCGACGAGGGUAGCAUAGACGGGGAGUUUGCCGUAGUUCAACAAGGUUACGUCCACGCCUACAACAACACUAACUCUAACUCUACGAGUGUUGUCAUCAAGGGCAACGGGAACGAGAGAGAGAAAGAGAAAGGAGGGAAAGAGAAGACAGCCAGUGAUGAAGGGCUGGAGGAGAGUGUUGUGUAGAGAGGGAAAGACAGAGGGGGAGAGAAAGAGAGAGGGAGAGAGAGAGAGAGAGAAAUAUAGGGAUAAAGGGAAGAUGUAAGGCUGAAGAAGAAUAGAGAGAGGAGGCCUCUAGACUUGACCUGAAUUGGAUUCAGACAGAGGCAGAGAUAUACAGAAAAAAGAGAAAGAGAGUUGAGAGAGAGUGAGAUAGAGAGGGAGAGAGUAAUCUCUUUAUCUGAGGCUCUCCAUAAAACAUAAACAGCUUAGACAGGUUGAGUUCAGACGAGAAAAACAGAGAAUUUGUUAAACAGAAUGAAGAGAGACAGAAGAAAAGAGGAUGUGUGAAGGGCAGAGAGAGAAAUGAGACUGGAGACAGAGAGAGAGAGAGAGAGAGAGAGAGAGAGAGAAAUGAGACUGGAGACAGAGAAAGAGA